CCUUUCCUUCCUUCGAACCCUCGAGAGCUCCACUCACCCUAACGCCAUUCUUUCUACCUCUGUUAUCUGAAAGCAGAAAUCAGAGAAAAAUGGGAGAUCAGAAGCCCAAGCCCGCCACCGGAGUCUGGCCCACCGUCAAGCCGUUCGUCAAUGGAGGCUGCUCUGGUAUGCUCGCCACAUGCGUCAUCCAGCCUAUUGACAUGAUCAAGGUGAGAAUACAACUGGGCCAGGGAUCAGCAGUAGAUGUGACAAAGAACAUGCUAAAAAAUGAGGGUUUCGGUGCCUUUUACAAGGGUUUGUCUGCGGGGCUGCUUAGACAAGCUACAUAUACAACUGCUAGACUGGGAUCAUUCAGAAUUUUGACAAACAAGGCUAUUGAAGCAAAUGAUGGGAAGCCCCUACCUUUGUAUCAGAAGGCGUUGUGUGGGCUGACUGCUGGUGCAAUUGGAGCAUGUGUUGGCAGUCCAGCUGAUUUAGCACUCAUCCGUAUGCAGGCUGAUGCUACCUUACCUGCUGCCCAACGGCGUAACUACACAAAUGCCUUUCAUGCACUUUCUCGCAUUGUUGCUGAUGAAGGAGUUUUAGCCCUCUGGAAGGGUGCUGGGCCAACUGUGGUGAGAGCAAUGGCACUGAACAUGGGGAUGCUUUCCUCUUAUGAUCAAAGUGUGGAGUUCUUUAGGGAUUCCCUUGGUUUGGGUGAGGCUGCUACUGUCCUAGGUGCCAGUAGUGUUUCUGGGUUCUUUGCUGCUGCUUGCAGUUUACCAUUUGACUAUGUCAAAACACAAAUACAGAAGAUGCAACCAGAUGCUCAAGGAAAAUACCCAUAUACUGGUUCUUUUGACUGCGCCAUGAAAACAUUGAAGGCGGGAGGACCUUUGAAAUUUUACACCGGAUUUCCAGUGUAUUGUGUUAGGAUUGCUCCCCAUGUCAUGAUGACAUGGAUAUUCCUUAACCAAAUCCAAAAGAUUGAGAAGAAUAUGGGAUUGUAGUUUCCCAUGACAAAGAAAGAUCACACAAGUUGUGCUCUACCGCAAUAUUAUCAUAUUUGUACUAGUUCUACUUCAUGCUUUUAACCCAACUGAGGCUCUCCAUUUAUAUCUCUAUUGGUUAGAGCAGAAAUUUGGAGUUCCUGAGAUUUCUUUUGAAUUACUUUUUUGAGAGGAAGUUUGCUGAAAUUUUCCAGAGAAUUUUGUCAAAAAUAAUGCAUGUACUGUGUUCUCAGCAAUACGAAUUGCAUUUUUUUCCCUGCAUCAAAAUCAUGAAAAUGAGAUGGUAAUAAAUAGCAGUCUAUUUUUGUUCA